AGCGCCUGUUUGUUGUUGUCGGAACCGGAAGUGAAGCCAGUCACCAAGAUGGCGGCGCUGGGCAUCGACGUGGAGGAUGAGAGUAUCCUGGCGUCAAUUUUCAGGGAUUGUUUCCCGGAGAACUGGAGGGAGAAUGCGGAUUUCACGCUGUACCUGUCAGAGCUGAGCUCGUACGGUGUGGACAAGCUGAACCGGGAGCCCGAGAGGCUGGCGGAGGAGAGGGCCCAGAUCCUGCAGCAGACCCAGCAACUGGCCUUCUCCAACUAUAAGACCUUCAUCAAAACGGCCGAGUGCACCAAGGAGAUCUACCGCGACUUCGGCCUGGUGGAGAAGCAUGUCUCCAGCCUCCUGGACAAGCUGCCCGGCCUGAGCGAGAAAUGCAGGCAGUUCAUCCGAGAGACGGAGGAGACCGGCGCCAGCAGGAGGAUGAACAGCCUGACCCUCAACCGCCACACUGAGAUCCUGGAGAUCCUGGAGAUCCCUCAGCUCAUGGAUACCUGUGUCAGGAACGGCUACUACGAGGAGGCUCUCGAGCUGACCGCUUACGUGAAGAGGCUGGAGAAGAAACACUCGUCCAUACCCGUGAUACAGGGAAUAGUGAAUGAAGUGCGUUCUUCAGCUCAGUUGAUGUUAAACCAGCUUAUCCAACAGCUACGUACCAAUAUCCAACUUCCAGCGUGUUUACGGGUCAUAGGGUACUUGAGAAGAAUGGAUGUAUUCACUGAAGCGGAAUUAAGAAUAAAGUUUCUUCAAGCUCGAGAUGCCUGGUUGAAAUCUAUGCUUGGCUCCAUAAUGGACAGUGAUCCUUAUUUUCACAUAACUAAAACAAUUGAAGCUUGCCGCGUCCAUCUGUUUGAUAUUAUCACUCAGUAUCGUGCUAUUUUCUCAGAUGAAGAUCCUUUAUUGCUUUCCAGUGACCACACUGUGAAUGAAAGUGCUAUUUUCCAUGGCUGGGUGGUGCAAAAGGUUUCUGAAUUUCUGCAGACUCUGGAAUCUGAUCUCCAGAAAGGUGUGGGUGGCCGCUUGGAUUCGUUGCUGGGCCAAUGUAUGUAUUUUGGGCUUUCUUUCAGUCGUGUGGGAGCAGAUUUUCGAGGACAGCUUGCUCCUAUGUUUCAAAAAGUUGCUAUGAAUACUUUUGAGAAAGCAAUUCAGGAUGCUGUGGAGAAGUUUCAGGAAGACAUGAAUCUGUACACGUUAACCUCUGCACCACCAAUAUUAGGCAGCACAAUCCCUGUUCCUCUACCAACUAAUCAGCCAGGCACUCUGCAACCUCCAAUGGUACUUCUGGACUUCCCUCCACUGGCAUGUUUUCUAAAUAACAAUUUGGCAGCCUUUAAUGAUCUUCGCCUCUGUUGUCCCAUAGCACUGGCUCAGGAAGUAACCGUGUGCUUGGAAGAUGCACUUGUGAAGGUUACAAAAUUAAUUCUCAGUUUUCAUCGAGCAGAGGAAACUGCCUUCAGUGUGAAAGAACGGGAGCUGUUUGUCCAGUUCUGCAUUACGUUUACUGAAGACUUAGUGCCUUAUCUGAACCGAUGCUUGCAGGUUCUUUUUCCACCUGCACAAGUAGCGCAGAUUUUAGGUAUUCCUCCUACUCACCUUCAUAAAUAUGGCUCCAUUGGGUGCAUUAACACAAGUGUUAUUCUAGAAAUGCUUGAUUUUCUCCUACCUAAAAAGGAAAUUAUAAUUCCACCAAACAGUUCCAUUCAACUCUUGCCAGUGGAACAUACCUUAGACAGCUCUGGAUUAGAUACACGAAGUGAACAAUAUCCACCAACAUUGCUUUCAUCUGUGUCAAAUGAAACAACGGAGGAAAUGAAACCAGACCCAUUAAAUAUGGAUGGCCAGGCAACAGAAGGUGACUCACAGCAAGCUGGACUGUAGCAUGUUUUUAAUUUAGCAAAUGUGGUUAUGUGUACAUGGGCUUCCUAUCACUUAUUCCAAACAGUGGACUGAACUGCAUAAAUGAUUGAUUUCUUUUCCCUAAGGUUAAUAUUGAAAAAUUAGAUUCUUUGGAUUUAGUUCAUCCUAAAAUGGAGAAUAUAUUGUAAUAAAAAAAAAACUUGACACAGUCAACCAAGGUAAGUUCUACUUUUUGUUAGUGCAGUUCCUUUAUUUAAACUUGUUAAUAUUUCAUGUUUUAUUAACUUAAUAUAGUUUUCCCAAAGCGGAUAGUAUAAAUGAGAAUUGAGGAAAGAACAAAUGGUUGUCUCUUAACAAUGAUACUGUUUUCAAUAUUGACACACCACACUCUUGUUCUAUUUUAUUAGCUUGAUGACGUUCUUAAAUUGUUGGCAAAUCCAUGUUAAUAUUUACUGCUGAGGGCAACCACGGACUGAAUUGGUCGCUAAAAAGUUUGUUACAACACCUGAUUAUUCCAAGUUUAAUCCAGGAAUUAGAAAAUCACUUGGAAAUAAACAGGUCUGACAAACAGCAAAUUAAGUUUUAUUUAAUGUCUCCUAAAUAUGGGAUCAUCAUAAAUCCUGCCUGUUUAAGGGACUAGGAUGCUGUUGAAUGUUUUGAUAACUUUUGAAAGAUAAUGUGUUCACAGACUUUAGUUGUGUGAUGCUAUCACUCUAUUAACAUGGAAGGCUAUUCUGAAAUAGUUUUGUAAACCUAAAAGGGUUGUGGAGUUUAUGAAAUUGAGGUAUGCUAAUUUUGUAAAUAAUCAUUGUAAAUUUGCAGGAUAUGUGAAACUUGAUAAAUUAUAUUAAUCAAUGUAAACAUCCUUUGUGAAUUGUAAAUAGCAAAUCUAAGGUGCAGUGUUCUAAAAUUAUUCCUGGGCUUCUAAGAAUUUUUUCAUAAGGUGUCAGUGGGUAAGAUUAAAUGAACGUUUAGGUCCUGUCCUUAGCAAUAGCGAACUUUUGUCUGAUUUGUAAUUUACCUUGGUAUAAAUAUUGUACAAAAUGUGGCUAUUUUACUUCCUAUUAUAUCAAUUAAAGACUAGUUGACUUA